GCCAUAUGUUCUGUACGUGCUGCUGAUAGCGUGGCAACUUCAAAUAGGCUGCACGAAUCAAUAAACAGACACAAAAAUAAAUCCGCUUGGGAAAAAAAAGGAAAAUACUAUUAAGGUCCGGUGUGUUGCGUGCGCGUUUAGACGUCUCCAUCAGUGGAUUUGUCUAGACAUUUUAUCUUGGGAGGUCGUUUCAGCUGAUGUGCAGUGUGCCAGAGACAAUCAUGAUCCUCCUGACUCCCUCCUCUGGUCUCUUCCAGUGUACCAACAAGCUCUUUCUCAGUGAUGAAGCCACAGGACUCCAGAUCAAAGAGUUUGCACGUAAAAAUGCAGCUAACGCGCUGUCAGUUGCCAACAUGGUCAUGGGCAUGGCCUCCAUUCUCAGCAGUCUAAAUGGGCACCAUCAUGCUGCGUGUUGGCUGGUCCUGAUUGGCUACCUGUUGGAUUUGGCAGACGGAGCAGUUGCCAGGCGACUCGAUGCCUGUUCUGCACUGGGUGCAAAGCUAGAUGAUUUUGCUGACUUCACGACCUUUGGGAUCGCCACAUCGUUGCUCCUAAGGACGUCUGACCUGCUGGACAACAUCCUGUGCGUGUGUUACGUCCUGUCCGUGUUUGUCCGCCUCUGUUUCUUUUCAAGCGGGAUCCCGUUCAUGUACCGUGGCCUGCCCUGCAUCUACUCCUCAGCCAUCCUGGCCAGCGCCUCUCUACUGUCGGGGGGAAACUUGGCCAUGCUGCGAGUUAUCGCAUUGGCGAUGAUCCUCUUUAUGAUCAGCCAGAACUUUUAUCCCCAUGACAGAGUGCUGGAGUCCCAGGCCUGGAAGAAAGCAGUCUACGCUGGAGGAGUCAUCAUGGUGUUCUGCUCUUCCUUCCCUCCUGCGUGUGUGUACUACCUGCUGUGGUCAGUCUCCUACAUUUUGUUCCCAACAUCCCUUUGGAGCAGUAAAGUGUAAAGUGAGCUGGCUUUGCCUCAAAACUCCCAAAUAGGUUUACCUCUGACCCAUCCAGGUGAACCGAGGCUUUCAGACUGCUGCUGCUCCCCACUGUCGUGGAGGAUCUUAGCUGAACAUGCUCCACAGGCGAACACUGGCUCGAUUUGACCUUUAUUUUGAUUUGAUACCUAUAAGGCAGAACACAGAUUGAAGAGAGUUCGCGUGAGCGAUGGGAAGGACAUUUUAAUGUCACUUGUAAAGAUUAACUAUGGUGCAGUUUUAGGUCUUUGUUGCAUUUUUCUCUGAGGCUGAGGGUUGGAUGGCUUGUCCCACAAACUGUAUUUUUAUCAGGUAAUCUCCAUACUUUGGUAUUAAUCCAAUCUUUCAUCAAUGUUAAGAGCAUGCAGCAGCAGGGCACAGCAUUUUCUCGCAGGAUAAUGUAAAAAAAGAAAAAUUCAAAUGACAUAAUGACAUAUAUUUCUAAUACAUUUUUGCCUCUAAAUUAAUAUUUAAAAUGUUUAACUCCGUACAGGAGCCGUGAGUAAGAUUUGGGGGGGAUUUAUUGGCAUCUAGUAAUGAAGACUGCAACCAGUUCAAACUUCUAGAAUUCCUUCUGUGUUAAUGGUAAUUUUUACUGGGAGCCAAAUUAUCUGUAUAACCACUUGAUUCAAACUGGUAAAAACACUGAAUAUAGCAGCUUAACAUUUUUUUAAAAAUAAUGUUUUUUCAGUGCUCUUGUUGUGGAGGGGCUGACUAACACUGAUAUGCGAAUGGCCCUAUCUAGAGUUAUUGUUUGGUUUGUCCAUUCUUGGCUACCAUACAAACAUGGCGAUGAGGAUUUUAGACUCCAUAUAUAGAUAUAAACAGCUUGUUUUAAGG